AUGGCCCUGAGCAGAGACUGCUCCGCGGGCGGGCGGCGAGGACCCCCCGGCCGGGGGCGGCGGCGGCGGCGGCGGCGGCGCUGGCGGCGGCCCUGGAGGCGGAGACGGCGGUCCUGGUGGGAGCGGCGGCCGAGGAGGGGGCGCCGGCGGCCGAGGAAUAACAAUAACCUGGAUGCCUGCUGUGCAGUUCUCUCUCAGGAGAGUACAAGGUAUCUUUAUGGUGAAGGAGACUUGAAUUUUUCAGAUGAUUCUGGAAUUUCUGGUCUACGCAAUCACAUGACUUCUCUCAACUUGGACUUGCAGUCACAGAAUAUUUACCACCAUGGAAGAGAAGGGAAUAGAAUGAAUGGAAGUCGGACUCUAAUGCACAGCAUCAGUGAUGGACAACUUCAAGGUAGCCAGUCCAAUAAUGAACUAUUCCACCAGGAGCCACAGACAGCACCAGCGCAAGUUCCUCAAGGCUUUAAUGUUUUUGGAAUGUCCAGUCCUUCUGGUGCUUCAAAUUCAGCACCACAUCUUGGAUUUCACUUAGGCAGCAAAGGAACAUCUAACCUUUCUCAACAGACUCCCAGAUUUAAUCCCAUUAUGGUAACUUUAGCCCCAAAUAUCCAGACCGGUCGUAAUACUCCUACAUCUUUGCACAUCCAUGGUGUACCUCCACCUGUACUGAACAGUCCACAGGGAAAUUCUAUCUAUAUUAGGCCUUACAUUACGACUCCUGGUGGUACAGCUCGACAGACACAACAACAUUCUGGCUGGGUAUCUCAGUUCAAUCCCAUGAACCCUCAACAAGUCUAUCAACCUUCACAACCUGUUCCCUGGACUACCUAUCCUACAUCUAACCCUCUGCCACAUACCUCAACCCAGCAGCCCAGUCAGCAAGGCCACCAGACCUCCCAUGUCUAUAUGCCCAUCAGCUCACCUACUACUCCACAGCCACCAACAGUCCAUCCACCUGGUAGUUCACAGUCUUCUGCCCAUGGCCAAUAUAACAUUCAGAAUAUUUCAACAGGACCUCGGAAAAACCAGAUUGAAAUUAAACUUGAACCCCCACAAAGAAACAGUUCUUCAAAAUUGCGUUCCUCCGGACCUCGAACCUCCAGCAGUUCCUCUUCGGUCAACAGCCAGACCUUAAAUAGAAAUCAGCCAACUGUUUACAUAGCUGCCAGCCCCCCAAGUACCGAUGAGGUAAUGUCCCGUAGUCAACCUAAGGUCUAUAUUUCAGCUAAUGCCACCACAGGAGAUGACCAGGUCGUGCGGAAUCAGCCCACACUCUUCAUAUCCACUAACACUGGAGCAUCUGCCACCUCCAGGAACAUGUCUGGGCAAGUGAGCAUGGGCCCUGCCUUUAUUCACCACCACCCCCCCAAAAGUCGGGCAGUGGGCGCCAACUCCGCGACUUCCCCUCGCGUGGUGGUCACACAGCCCAAUACAAAGUACACUUUCAAGAUUACAGUUUCUCCCAACAAACCCCCAGCAGUCUCUCCAGGGGUGGUGUCCCCUACCUUUGAACUUACAAAUCUUCUAAACCAUCCUGAUCAUUACGUAGAAACAGAGAGCGUUCAGCACCUCACGGACCCUGCUUUAGCACAUGUGGAUAGAAUAAGUGAUGCGCGGAAACUGAGCAUGGGAUCUGACGACGCUGCCUAUACACAAGCUUUGUUGGUACACCAGAAGGCCAGAAUGGAACGACUUCAAAGAGAACUUGAGAUUCAAAAGAAAAAGUUGGAUAAACUAAAAUCUGAGGUCAAUGAAAUGGAAAAUAAUCUAACUCGAAGGCGCCUGAAAAGAUCGAAUUCCAUAUCCCAGAUACCUUCCCUCGAAGAAAUGCAGCAGUUGAGAAGUUGUAAUAGACAACUCCAGAUUGACAUUGACUGCUUAACCAAAGAAAUUGAUCUUUUUCAAGCCCGAGGACCACAUUUUAAUCCCAGCGCUAUUCAUAACUUUUAUGACAAUAUUGGAUUUGUAGGUCCUGUGCCACCAAAACCCAAAGAUCAAAGGUCCACCAUCAAAACACCAAAGAAUCAAGACACAGAAGAUGAUGAGGGAGCUCAGUGGAAUUGUACUGCCUGUACUUUUUUGAACCAUCCAGCCUUAAUCCGUUGUGAACAGUGUGAGAUGCCGAGGCAUUUCUGAGCCAGGGGCCCUAUAUCUUCUCUAAAACUGCAUCUAAAGUUCAAGAAACUAGUCUGUCAUCAGGGGAAAAGUUUCACUGCUCCACAGGAUUUUGUCAAAUUGAAGGUGUGACAAGAUGGUGGUGUGCUAAUCCUAAGUGCCAGCCCCCAGAGCUCAGAAUACCUCAGGAUCCUGUCAUAGGCAUUGAGAUCCAUCAUGUGAAAGGCCAUCGGCUGAAGGGCUCAGCACCUUCCGCCUGGCCAUGUACAGUGUUACUAGUGUCCUGCCUUGGAUCAUUCUCAACAGCCUAGUGCUUGGGGGCUCCCAGUACCUUUCACCCCUCCUGUCACUACUGGAUUUUGGCAGGAGGAAGGAAUAGAGUGAUAGCUUUUUUUUUAUUUUUAAAGCUUUCAGUGAAACACUACAUACACAAAGAAAAGGAACAAGGUGUAACUAAACAGUUUGCUGCCACAUAGUGCCCAUGAAUAGGGGAAGAACUUCACAAAUCUGUGGUACUCUUGGCCUUGUCUUUGUCUUCCCUGAAGGCAUCUCCACUCUGUGAAGCCAGUAGAGUCUCAAGAUGAAAAAGAAAGCAGCAUGCAUUGUCUGUACAAACAUGCAGUGAAAUACCCCAAAGCUUUUCUUACUGUACAGAUCUCUCAAGUCCACUUUUAAGUGAUUUCUUCUCUUCUUUAUUAUUUUCUUAUAUUUCUAUAUGUAUAGUGUAAUAGUCUUUUGUUAACUAAUUUUCUUUUUCCCUUUAAUGAUUAAGCACGAUCAUGACCCUUUUUAAGCCUUACGUGAGAGAAGCAGUGCCUUAAAAUAAAAAAGCAUUAAUGAAACGAAACUAUGCACAGAAUAACUUUCCUCUACUUAUUCUGUAUGUGGCCCUCCUCAGUGCCAAUGUUCUGUGAAGACAUGCAGAUGCUGCACAAUGGAUUGCAGGAAAGGUGACAAGAAUUACGUCUGUAGGUCACACUAUAUACUGACUUUAGAGGUGGGUGACAACACAAUGUUUUGUCUUCCACAAGGAAGCUUGAAACAAGAAAUUUUCAGUCCACCGACGGAACAAGGUUAAGCUUGCUUCAUCUGCCUGGUGUCCUGCAGAACUUUCACAACAGAUUAUUAUUGGGGAGGUACAGUUUAAAACCAGCAGCAGCACCAGUACCUAGAGCCCCCACCCACCCACCCUUUUUUUUUUUUUUUU